AUGACUUCUAAGCGUCGAAGUAAAAGAAAAUCUCGCUUUAAACUUCAAACUGAGAUUGAUAUGCAGCCAUCAGCUAUGUGUACAAAUCACACAGAUCGACAUUCAAUUGAACAAGGUACCUUGAAUAACCAUAGAGAUGCAGCUUCAAAUCAAUUCCAUGUUGAUCUACAAGAUCAUAUCCCACAUGUUGAAAAUAAUUCUGCAGUUCCAGACCAAAAUGAUGAUAUGAACGACAAAUCUAAUGAAGAUAGUGAUGAUGUACUUCGUAAUACUAAUAGGAAAAAAAGAGGUCCUACGUUCAUGAAAGAAAUUUGGGGUCGACCUAGCACAUUACCACGCAUUGAGAUUACAUGUGAUGAUAUGGGACGUCCUAUAGGAACAAAAAGAAAUAAAUUUACUGAUUUCUUAGGGUCUUUGGCAAGAAAUGGUAAGUAUUGUCCAAUUGAUGUGGAAAAUUGGCAUAAAAUGCCAACGGAAAAAAAGAAAGACAUGUUAAAUGUUAUAAAGGAAAAGUAUAAUCUUCCUCCGGGGACAGAAAAUUGGACACUACACUCAAUAGCAAAAAAAUGGAGAAACUGGAAGUCAGAACUUAAAAAGUACUAUAAUCCUGAAUUAUCAAUUCAAGUCCUUUUAGAACAGAGAGAUGAAAGAGCUCAUGCUGAACAGUAUAUGGGACUAAUUACUUUUUGGAACAAAGAAAAAUCAAAGGAAAUGUGCGAAAAAAAUAAAGCUGCCAGAAAGCACAAGAUCAUGCAUCAACCCACUGGAAGGACAUCUUUUGCUCAAGUGCAACACAAAUUGGAAAAAGAAAAGGGUCAUCCUCCAUCACGAGUUGAAUUAUUCCAGGCUUGCUUUACUCAUGCUUUACUCAUGCCAAUGGAAGUCCUUCAAGCCGCAAUGAAUGAAUUAACAAAUCAACUUCCUGAAGAUUCUAAUGAUCCAGUGAAUCAGAAUGAUAUAUUUGCUCAAAUCAUGGGACCAGAUAGACCUGGUCGAGUACGUAUGCUUGGUGAUGGUGUUAGUCCAUCUGAUUUGUGGGGAGAAGUUCCUAGUCGUGGCACAUGCAAUCGACUAGUGAUGGAACAACAGACAAAAUUAGAAAAAAUGGAUGAGCAAAUUAAAAAGCAAGGCCAACAUAUUGCAAUGUUAGAAGCUAAAAUUUCUGAUCAAUCAAACCAGAGUCAUUUUUCAAAUUGCAAUAGUAAUCAACACACAUCACCAAAUAGUAAUCCACAAUUAUUGGAUGCUCUGUUUUGA